GACUGCGGACUCCCUGGUCAGUCUUCUCGCGACUGUCAAGCUGAGAACGUCGGCCCAGGAUUCCUUCCGCGACGCACGUGCAUAUAUAUAUCUCUCUCUCUCGCUCUCUUUCUCUCUCAUACUCACAAGUCUUUUUUUUACGUCUAUUCCCUCUCGAGUUUUAUUCGAUCGCGUUUAAUUCCCGCAUCUGAGAAGGGAAGCGGAAAGAAAGGACACUUAGAAAUAUAAAAAAAAAGACAGAAAAAAACACACCUGCAUUAGGAAGAACAAAACGAGAGAGAGAGAGAGAUUAACAAAAGACCAAAAAAAACAAAACCCACACACGCCCAAGAAAGGCCACAAGAGCGCCGUCGACCAUGGGCAAAAUCAAGGACAUGAAGGAGUACAUCGGCACGGGCGAACUCCUGAACGACCGCCGCGUGUGGAAAGCCUUCCUGGCGGAGUUCCUGGGCACCAUGUUCCUCGUGUUCAUCGGCUGCGGCUCCUGCAUCGGCUCCUGGAGCGAAGGCUACGCCCCCAGCGUCGUCCAGAUCUCGCUCGCCUUCGGGGUCACCGUGGCGUCCAUCGCGCAGGCCGUCGGUCAUGUCUCUGGCUGUCAUAUCAACCCAGCUGUGACAUGCGCCAUGCUUGUUGCUCGUCAUGUCUCUGUCAUCCGGGCACUCAUCUACAUCGUGUGCCAGUGCCUUGGUGCCAUCGUAGGGGCUGCCAUUCUGAAGGGCGUGACCCCCGCAGACAUCCAGGGGUCCCUCGGCAUGACCCUGAGAAAUGAGAAGAUUGACACGGCCCAGGCAUUGGGCAUCGAGCUCCUCAUCACCUUCGUCUUAGUCAUCACCGUCUUCGGGGCGUGUGAUGAGCGAAGGAAUGACGUGAAGGGGUCAGCUCCUCUCGCCAUUGGCCUGUCGAUCACCACUUGUCAUCUCUUCGCCGUCCCCAUCACCGGAUCCUCGAUGAACCCGGCAAGGAGCUUCGGUCCAGCGGUCAUUUCCGGUCUCUGGCAGGACCACUGGGUGUACUGGGCUGGUCCUAUUCUUGGUGGUCUCGCAGCCGCUCUAAUCUACUCCUACGUUUUCCGAGCUCCCAAGGACGCCGCUGCUUAUGACGUGGAGAUGGACAACUAUAACAAGAGAACCAACAAUGCUUAAAUGGAAAAGAUCUACUGGCUCGGCCCUAUCAUGGGCGGUCUCCUCGCGGGCCGUAUUUACAAAAUAACCUGGCCAGGAGAUGACGAAGCCGAAGAGGAAAACAACCACGGGAAGAACAAGAAGGAGAGCGUAAAGAACGGCGAGAAAGAGAGGAACGGCGAGAGAGAGAAGAGUGACUGUAGGUACGAGCUGACCAUCCCCAUCGACGACCUCACUGGGCAUCAGUUCCAAAAAGAUCAAUAUAGUUGCCGCUUGAGUGAGAAGGACGACCCACACCAUCUCAUGGAAGAGGAAGAGGAAUACGAUAUGAAUGAAGAGGAAGAGGAGAAGAAGAAGUUGGUCGAUGUGGAGAAGGUGGUUAUUGUUAAGUCUCAGAAAAAGAAUGAAGAGGAGGAGAUACAAGAGAAAGAAAACGACUGUGUGAUAUCGGAGAGGACGACCGUUAUAUAAGUGUCAUUUCGGGUCUUUAGUCCUUCAUUAGCUACAAUAAGACUAAACCAUUUUUUUCCACAAAUUUUGCUCUUGUUCAGUCUAUUUAUGAUCUUUUAUCCAUAGAUUAUCAUUAGCUUUCAUAUCAGUAUUUGUAUUUUUAUUUGGGUAUCCCCCAUGUCUUCGUUUUCUUUCUCUUGCAACGCUUGUAAUGUAAGGGAAACUAAAACAAAAAUGCUGCUCGUGAUAUUCCUCAUUUCUGGUUAUAUUGUGUGCAUUGCUUGAUAAAAACUUACCAAAAAGGAUAUGCAAAGCAGAUUAAACUUCUUUUUUGCUUAAAGCUUUAAGUAAAUAAGCAGAAUCUGCAACAUAAUGUAAAGUAGUAAAGUUACAUCAUAUUGAUGAUGAUUAUUUUUCAUGUCUCUAAUCAUUUAUUUUGUAAUCUUUAAUUCAUGUAAAGUAAGAUAUGGCUUUCAAGUAUACUGUCAUCACAAAAUUACAUACAUUAUUCAUUUAAACCAUUUGUGUUCACGAGGUUAGGAAUUCUUCUCAUUAACUUUCCCUUAAAUGUGUUAGUUAACACUUUUUUUUCGCUCAGAUAGUGAUUUCAGUGUAUUCUGUUCUGACUAGUUUUUAGAUCUUUUUCUCUCUCCAUAACUGCCUUGUCUAUAUAGAAAGAAUAUAUGUAUAAAAAUAAGAAUGAAUAACAAAGCGAAUGAUGUCGAGUCAUUUUACAACGCAACAGAAAUAACAGAAUAAGGAAUAAACUCCCAUGAAAUACUCUAUUGCAAUUUUGAUUAAAAUUUAAUCGAAACGCUGCCUGUGUUAUCAUGUUAUUCAUUCUGUUUUUGUCAUGAUAAAGUCCAUUCAUAUAUUUUAAUGAUACUACGGUAAUUUUCGUGUUGAUUCGAUGCAGAGACAGAUAGGCACAGUUGUUCCGUAUUUUAAGACUAUCAUAGAUAUAGCAAGUAUUUUUAUAUAGACAAUUAACUAAUUCCUGCCAGAGCAAAACACUUCAGAUGGCAGUUUUAAACUAUACCUUUCUAGUAAACAAUACAAGCAGACAAAUUCUAUUGCAGUUGUGUUUGUUAUAUAUUUUUUUGGAAUAAGCGUGUUUCUUGCAACUCGGAUUUAGAGUUAGCCAAAGAAGCCCCUAGUUUUAAUGUGAUUGAAUAAUAAAGAAAUUAAGAUAAGAACA